AUGUAUAUAGAAAGAAAUAGUAAUAUAUAAGUACCAUAACCUUAUACUAAAUACAUAAAUUAAAAAUUAUGGGAGGAAGCUCUUGGAUCAAAAGGCAAUCAGGCUUAUGAAUUAGAAUAAUUUUUUAGGAGGUAUCAUAGAGGACCAUAAGAACUAAAAAUGGCUAUAGAUAAUGUAAAUACAAAAAAAUUUGAUAAUAUUUUAUAAUGUUGCCUUGAAAGCUUAGUAUUUUUAUCAAAACCAAAUCAAAAAUUCUAUAAUUACUAUCUGGAGCAAAUUUUGGAUUCAUCAUCAUUUGAGAGAUAAUUUGAUUAAGAGCUUGAUGUUAUAAACAGGUAAAUCAACUAUACUGAAAGUGAAUUAACCAAAUAUAAAUCGUUUAUUAAUUACUUUCUAAAGUUUGUACGAAAUUCAUUAGAACUAUAAUUAAAGUUAUUACCAAAAUAUAUAUAAAAAUUAGAUCAAAUAGUUUCUAAUAUAAUGAAAAAAAACUAAAAUUUCAAAGAAGAGUUUGAGAAAAUUAAAGAUUUGUAAAAAAAAAUGGAAUAUAUAUAUUAUCAAAAAACAUCUAAUCAUUAACCAUAUAUCAAUAAUAAUGUCAAUUAGAUAACUUAUUAAUAAAAAAAUAAUAUAGAUUAAUAUAAACCUAAAAACUAUCUAGUUGAUCUUUCAGAAGAUACAAUGAAAAAUUAAUAAUAUACAAGAAAUGGUUUGGUUGAUAACAAUCUAAACCUUCAAUAAUAGAACUAUUUCCCAAAUCAAUAGUAUGGAAAUAUUGCUUAAAACUCUCAAUAAGAUUAAAAUAAUUUUUCAGAAUUUGAAAUCUUUUUAUUAAAUCCAUAACCAUAAACUCAGUAGAUUCAACAUCUACCAUAAUAAUAAUAAUAAAAUUCAUAUUAAUAAAUUCAGUAAAACUAAUAUGUGCCAUAAUAAUCAAAAUUACAUUCAUAUGAACCUUAAUAAUCAUACUCAUAUUCAUCAACUCAGCCAAAUCAAAAUGCUCCUUAAUAAUCGAAUUUAUAUUAAUAAAAUCAACAAAAUCAACUAUCGCCUUAAUAAUAAUCAAAUUCAUAUUCAUAAAGUCAGCAAAAUUAACAUGAACCUUAAUAAUCAAAUUCAUAUUAAUAAAAUCAGAAAGAUCAAGCUUAAUAUUCCAAUUAAUAAUAUAAACCAAAAAAUUGGAUGUAACAAUAAGAAAUAUGGGUUGAAAAAUCACAAGUUUUAGAAUAGAACAGUAAUAUAGCUAGAUAACAACAAAAUAAUUAAAGAUAAUAUUAUUAGAGAAAUUAUGUAGAGUAUGAAGCUAAAGAGCCUACCUAAUUAUAAAGAUAAUCAUCCAAUUCUGAUUAAUAACCCUACUAAUAACGAAGCUAACAUUCUUACAACUCUAAUUAACCUUAUAUUGAAAACGAAAUUAAUGGAAGUAACUUAAACGAUUCACAGUAGUAAUAGAAUCUUUCAAUUAAUAGAAGUAGUAAUUAAGGAUCUUAAAAUAUACCUUUAAGAAAUUAUAAUUAAGAUGUAAAAUAUUAUGAAUCAAUGAAAAAAUUUUAUGAAUAUAAACAACGUAAUGAAUAGAGAUAAAGACCUAGAUAAAUGGAUUAAGCUCAUGCCAGUUAUAAGAAUUGUCCUAUAGAACCUAUGAUUGCGGAAUUUGAUAAUGUUCCUGAUAAAAAUUUUGUAUAUGGAGGAUGUAUUUUCGAAAUUCCUUUUGGAAAACCUUUUUUAAGUACAGAGUUAUUUUUGAAUAACCACUUUUUCAUUCUUAGAGAAGAUUACUUAAAGAGUUUUAGAUUGGUAGUUGCCUAAUUAAAAAAAAAUGGAUUUGAAUAAAUAGGUUAUGAUGUGCUAUAGAGUGCAUUUUUAUAUUAUAAUGUUCUUAUAGAAAAUAUUACGGUUACAAAUCGAGGAUUCUAAUUUAUUGCUACAAUGAAUGCAUAUGAUCCAAGGAAUGAAAGAAUAAAUUGGCAAAAAUCAACUAGACUUAUGCCAGGUUCUUUACUCUUAUUAGUAAAUUUUAUUAUAAAAUUAAGUCAACCACAACACUUGAAUACAUGUUAUUUGGAACUGUGGUCGAAAAACCUAAAUCUGCAUAAAAUGGUAGAGUUAGUAUUGCUAUCAUUUUGAUAAGUCUAUCUAUGAAAGAAUAAUUAAGAUUUGUAAAUAGUUUGUUAAGUUAAGGUAAAAAUUAAUUUUAUAUAAAAAGAAUAAUAAUUGAUAGCAAUUGAGAAUAAAAUAUAUUUUGAAACAUAUACUCAUUUUUUAAGUUGCUUAUAAAUGAUUGAGCCAUCCCAAUUUCCUUUUGCAAAAUAAAUAGUUUUUGGUUCAAAUGUAAUGCCUUUGCCAGGAUAUUUAGAUAAUUAAUAAACUAGAAAUGAAGGUAUUGUUUAUGAUAUUGAUCUCAAAUUUGACUUGCAUUAAUAGAAACGAAUUGGAUAAUUACAAAGAGUAAAUAUAUUGAGGGAAUGGCCUAAUAUUAAUACUGAGAGUUUAGAUCCUUCUUAAUUAAAAGCAAUUUAGUCAAUACUGAAAAAUGGUAUCUCAUUGAUUUAAGGACCACCAGGUACAGGUAAAACUUUCUGUGGAGCAUUGGGUGUCAGAAUAUUAUUAUAGAAUUAGUUUAAAUGGAAUUAAAAUUAUAAAUAUCAAAAUAAACCAAUUUUGAUUGUGUGUUAAACAAAUCAUGCAUUAGAUCAAUUUUUGUCACACAUUCUUACUUUUUGCAAUAUGGAUGAUAUUGUAAGAAUAGGAGGUCGAUGCAAAGUGAAAGAAUUUGAACCAAUGCUUUUGACAUAUAACUAAACUAGUAGAAAAAUUCAUUUUAAUUGGAGGGAUUUCUUAGAGCUAAGAGAUGAUUUGGAUAGAAAGUUAAGAAAUUUGUUAAAUUUGAUUGAUAAUGUAAUUUACAAGGAUGUUUAACAAUAUAUGCCUGAUUUAAUGGAUAGAGUAAUAACCUAAUAUUUAGAAACUGAGGAUCUUAACUUUAAAAAGCCAAUAUCAUCUGAAUCUCAAAAAAUUAUAAUGCAUAUGUGGUUAGAUAAUUUUAAACCUCAAGAAAAAUAAGUUCAAGAUAUUAUUGCGAUUGAAAAUUAGUGUGGCAAUUUCUUGUUAAAAUAGUAAAUUAAUAGAAAACGUUUUAAGCCAAUAAUGAUAUACAAAUUUAGUGAUUUAGAAAAAUAAUUUCAUUUGACUGAUGAAGCUCAAUAAUAAUUAGAAUAAGAAGAUGAAGAUGAUUUUAUAGAUGAAAAUGAAAAUCUUGAUUCUGAUGAAGAAGAAAAUAGGAAGAUUUUGAUUAAUUAAGAUUCUAAAGGAAGUGACGAUUUUAUAUAAAAGCUUAUUAAUGAUACAAGAACAAUAAAGAGGUUGCUAAAUAGGUUAAGCAAAGAUAAUGAAGUUAGCUUUUAGAUAAUUAUGGAAGAAAUCAAUAAAAAUAGAAAUUUUAAUAUAUGGGAACUAUCAUAAACUAAAAGGAAUGUGAUUACAAGAUUCAUUUUUAGCCAAAAAUUCCAAUAUUUAUUUAAAAUUAUGGAAGAAGAUGUAGAAAUAUAUGAAUAAUAUAUAUAAUAAUUAAAAUAGGCAUAUAUUGAUAGAGAUAUAAGAUUUAUAUAAAAUAAGAAAAUAGUUGGAGUAACUUUAACCGGAUGUGCAAAAUAUGCAGAGAAAUUAUCAAAUUUAAAAUUUAAUAUACUCAUAGUUGAAGAAGCUGGUGAAGUAUUGGAAUCUAAUUUAGUUGCUGUAUUGUCCUAAUAAAUCAAUCAUUUAAUUUUGAUAGGUGAUCAUUAAUAAUUAAAACCACAUAUGGAAUGCUAUGAUUUGGAAGUUAAAUUCAGAGCAAAUAUUUCAUUGUUUGAAAGAUUAAUUAAAAAUGGAUUAGAAUAUGUCACUUUGAGAUUUUAGAGAAGAAUGAAAUCAAAAUUUGCUGAUUUUAUUCGUUUAAUCUAUAAAGAUUAUUAAGAUCAUAGUACAAUAUAAGAAUAAAACAAAAUUCAUAUAGAGGGAUUAACAACUGAUUUGCUCCUUUUCGAUCAUAUGCAUUAAGAAGAUAAAAAAGUAUCCUCAAGUUCCAAAUAAAAUAAAUUUGAAGCUAGAAUGAUUGUAAAAUUGGUUGACUAUUUACUAAAAAAUGGAUAUCAAGGUAAAUAAAUUACAAUCUUAACUACUUAUGUAAGAUAGGCAUUAUAUAUCCAAAAAUAAUGUGAUAGAAAUGUAAGAGUAUAACCAAUAGAUAAUUAUUAAGGAGAAGAAAAUGAUAUAAUAUUGUUGUCUUUGGUUAGAUCCAACGAUGAUUAUAAAUUGGGUUUUGUUGCUAUAGAUAAUCGUGUGUGUGUAGCUUUUUCUAGAGCAAGGUUGGGAUUAUUUGUAUUUGGUGAUUUCGGUUUUAUUAAAGAAUGCAUAAAAGAUUACUAGAAAAAGGAUCCUCAAAAAAGAAAUCCAGAUGUUUCAGAUUUAUGGUUAAAAAUAUUAGAUUUAGCAAAAUAAAAAGGUGUAAUCUAGAAUAGCAUCGAUUUGAAAUGUUCUUCUCAUAAUUAUGUUACAAAAAUAUAUGAAGAAAGAGAUUGGGAUUUAGUAAAAGGAGGUGGAUGCACAAAUACAUGUAAUGCAAAUUUCCCUUGUGGUCAUAUUUGUAAAAAAAUUUGUCAUAAAUCUGCCCACAGUCAAUACGAUUGUCCUGAAUAAUGUGAAAAAUAAUUAACAUGUGGUCAUCAAUGUACUGGAAGUUGUAGAUAGAUUCCUUGUCCCCCUUGUAAAACUAGGAUCAAGAUAUAAAUAAAAGAAUGUGGCCAUGAGACAUACAUAACAUGUUCUGAAUAAAAUAAAAAGAUUGAAUGUUAAGAAAGGUGCAAUAAAAAAUUAAUGUGUGGUCAUUAAUGUUCUCUUAAAUGCAUGGAUGAUUGCAAUAAUAAUAGAUGUUUCGAAAAAAUUAAAUAUAAAAUGAUAAUAUGUAAACAUGAAACUACUAUUUCAUGUGAUGAUAUCAAUUACAUUGAAAAAUUGGUAUGUACUGAAAAUUGCUAAAAUUAAUUAAUUUGUGGACAUAAUUGUAGUGGAAAGUGUGGAUUAUGUUUUGAAAAAUUCCAUUAACCAUGUUAAGAAAAAUGUAAUAAAACAUUAUUAUGUGGUCAUAAAUGCUCAUUACUCUGUUCUUCAGAAUGUUAUAAAUGUGAAGAUUAAUGUCAAAUAGAAUGUAAUUGUUAAAUUAGAUGUAAAAAGAAAUGUUCUGAAAUAUGUAAUCCAUGUGUAAAAAAGUGUUAAUUGAAAUGCUAACAUACUUAAUGUACAAAAGAAUGUUCAGAAAUAUGUGAUAGAAAACCAUGUAAUUUCUAAUGUGAUAAAAAACUUAAAUGUGGUUGUAAUUGCAUGGGAUUCUGUGGAGAAGUUUGUCCUGAAAUUUGUUAAGUUAAUGAACAUGAUACGUAAUCUGCUGAUAAAAAUACUAUUUAUUAUAAAUUAGAAUGUUAAUGUAAUGGAAUUUUAGAAGCAGAAUUUUUAGAUUAAUAUUUUAACAGUUAACAAUAAAAUUUAAUUCAUUGUCCAAAAUGCAAUCAAAUUAUUUGGAGAAGUAGUAGAUAUUAAGAACAAGUCAAAAACUCUUUAAUUUAGUUUAAUAAUGAAAAAGAAAAUAAAUUAAUGAAAUAUUUUAUUUCAUAUGAAAAAAUAGAUAAAACUUAUAAACUAGCGGAAGAAAGACUUUAAUUUAAAAAAAAAAAAAAUUAAAAGGACAAUAAUAGCUUUUUGGAUAACAUAAUUUAGGAAUUAAAAUAAUAAAUAUAAUUAAUUAAUUAAAGGAAAGUUGCUAAGAUUUAAUAUCAAUAUUUUAGAUGUAUCAAAAGAUAAUUAAAAUACUAUGAAAAAACUGUGGAGUUGAUGAACAGUUUUAAUGAUAAUAAACUUUUCUAAAUUCAUAAACAUAAUUUAAUUAAGGAAUACUUAAUGAGUGAAGAUUUUAGAAAUUCUUAUUCAAAAAGUUUUUGGUGGAAAGUAACAUAAAAACUAGAGACACUAUUGCUAUAUUAAGAAAGCAUUGUUAAAUAUUAGAAUACAAAAGAUAUAGCAUUUCAAAAUAUUUCUUAUGCAAUUGAAGAUUCAAAUUUCUUUUUGGAUGAAACCAAAAAAUAAACAUUUGAGUUAUUCUUAAAUGAUCCUAUUCAAAAUUGA